CCUCCCCUGCCCCCCUCCCCUGCUCCCGCCUCCACUCGCUCCCUCGCAACUGUCACCAUCGAGCCAAUGCCUCCUGCGCUUCGACAAUCGACCUACCUAGACAAUCCAACAUCCCUGUCUGCCUCGCCAACCAGCGUCCAGAACAUGGGCGCCCUAUCUGGCUGAUCUCAACCCUCCAUUACCUCGGACGUUGCUGUUGCUGCUGCCCUCCACUAGUCCCUUGAAUCAUGGUGCUCCUACUCGCCUGACCGGUCCCCAAGUGGGUCGCAGCGUAGCACUGAUGCCGGACAGCUCGACGUCCCGUAUCUGUGGCUGUCACGGUCGGGGGAGGCGAUCACCCACAGUGAUAAGUACCAACUGCCAUCUGAAGAGGGAAGCACAUCAUCCUUCGCGGGCGGCCCUGCUUUCUUCUGUCGGUGGUAUUUUAAGUGUUGACCCUUCCCUCAUUGCCGCUUGACACCGAAGGUUUGUCGAGCCUCACUUUCCCACCGAUUUCGAAGUAAAGGUGUCACACCUUCGUCGCCGCUUGACCUCGAGGGCUGUACGUGCCCUGUCCUCCGUAGACGAUCACCACCUAGACAAGACAUCUCCAAGAUGGAGAAGAAUGACUACCACUUGGGCUCCGGCUCAGAGUCGCCGGAAAAUGUGCCACGGAACCACUCACUCGAUGUGAACAAGCAGGAGGCUCGUCGAGGUUCCAAGGUCAACGAAGCUACCGACGUCUAUGGCGAUAUCGCAACCGCCGAGGAAUAUGGUUAUGUUUCUCGAGGCCUCAAGUCCCGUCACAUUCAGUUCAUCGCCCUCGGUGGGACAAUCGGGACAGGUCUGUUUUUGGGUAUAGGUCGGGCCUUUACCCAAGCCGGCCCUUUGUCGGUGCUGCUGGGUUACACUUUCACCGGCCUCGCGGUCUUUGCCAUGAUGAUGUCCUUGGGUGAAAUGGCGACUUGGCUUCCUCUCCCUGGUGCCAUCCCACAGUUUUGCGCUCGAUAUGUGGACGAUGCCAUGGGUUUCGCAGUGGGCUGGAACAACUGGUAUUCGUGCUCCAUCACUCUCUGCGCCGAAAUUUCUGCCGCAUCCACCGUCAUUCAGUACUGGCACGGCGCUCGUGAUAUCAAUGUUGCUGCCUGGAUCUCCAUCAUUAUUGUGGUGGUUCUUUGCCUGAAUAUCUUCGCCGUCUCCAUCUAUGGCGAAGCCGAAUUCAUAUUCGCCUCGAUCAAAAUCAUCACCAUUGUCGGCCUCCUGAUUCUUGCCCUGAUUAUUGAUUGUGGUGGUGUUCCUGGACAGCAUCGACUCGGUUUUCAGUAUUGGAAAAACCCUGGUGCCAUGAAACCAUAUAUUGAUACUGGUGAUUCGGGUCGCUUCCUCGGGUUAUGGUCCACACUAGUCAACGCUGCUUUUUCGUAUGGUGGUGUUGAGAUGGUGGCCGUUGCCGCCGGUGAGGCCGAGGAUCCACGGCGUAACAUCCCUAAAGCCGUCCGACGGGUCUUCUGGCGUAUCCUCUUCUUUUACGUCUUGGGCACCUUGGCCAUUGGUGUUCUGGUCCCGUACAACGACCCCAAUCUCCUGAGCGCUCUGGAAUCCGGGGCCGCGGGUGCUGCUCAAUCUCCAUGGGUCAUUGCUAUCCGCCGGGCGGGAAUCGACGCGCUCCCGUCCAUCAUCAACGCUGUCAUCUUGACCUCGGCCUCGUCUUCCGCCAAUGCGUUCUUGUACACUGGGUCUCGGUACCUGUACGCCAUUGCCCAGAAUCGACAGGCACCGAGGUUUUUGCUCAAGUGCACAAAAGCGGGCGUGCCGGUCUGGUGUGUCUUGAUCACUUGCUCCAUCUCCCUCCUCACCUACAUGUCAUGCUCCUCCGGCUCGGACAAGGUCUUUGAAUGGUUCCAAAAUUUGACCACCAUUUCCACCCUCUUCACCUGGGUCAGCAUCAACAUUGCCUACAUCAAAUUUUACUCUGCUUGCCAGGCUCAGGGAAUCGAUCGCAACACCCUUCCUUUCAAAUCUCCAUUCCAGCCGUACCUUGGCUAUGCUGCCGGCAUCUUUUUCAGCUUGAUCAUCUUUUUCAACGGAUUCGACAGCAUUGCCGGAAGUUGGGAUUACCAGGCCUUCAUAACCGAUUAUAUCGGUAUUCCCAUUUAUUUUGGGUUGUAUCUCUUCUGGAGAAUCUUCAAGCGAACCCAUUUCCGCAAGGCCUCCGAGGUCGAUCUGUAUACUGGGAAGGCGGCUCUGGAUGCCAUUGUGUGGCCGGAACGGAAACCUCGUAACAUCAUUGAGAGGAUUUGGUUCUGGAUUGCGUAGAGAAGAGAACAGGGUGCUGUGUAAAGCUUCGAGGCUCGGAGGUAGAGCUCCUUUUUUCAUACCACAAUGGUAUUGUGUGGCAUUGUCCGAUCUUACCCUUGGUUGCAAGCAUGCAUCUCCGGGCGCGUUUGUAGCGUUUGGGGAUUCCCCUGAGCUGCACACUCGACAUGGUACAUAAUUUCUCUCUUCAGAAACAAACAUGAACCGCAUGAGCAAACCAACGAUAUUCCUACCUUGGCACUCACUGUUUUCAACUAGACCGUUUUCUGUUCCGCAAUUUGAUUCUGUUUUCGUCAUGGCCCC